GACGCGAUUUGAGCUGUGAACUUUGUGCGCGGCGCCAUUUAUCGAUUGCGCAGCGCGAGAGGCUCUUAUCUAGUUCGCAUCGCUGCGCGGAAAGAGCCGCGGCACGCGCGCGCCCCGCCAUUUCAAAUACAAAGGCAGAGCGCAUUUGAAGCGCAGCGCAGCGCAGCGCAGGACACGAAGAGAGCGCAACGAUGGCGACCGUCACGCCCUCGGCCGUCGCCAAGCUCUGGCGCAAGGACGUGCCGAGGGAGGCGCGCUACGCGGGCCUUCGAGACUUACUGGAAGAGGACGCAUCGGACAACAGAGACUCGUUGACAGUAAAAACAACACCAAGGGAUUGUACGACGAAGGAGCUCGACGAACAUCUGCCGGACUACGCCCCUUCUAUAGUGGGUGCUUUGUUACAAGACCUCCGCGCUUCCAAUGAUAGGGCGGCGGCGGAGUGCUUGUCAUUGUUGGUAAGGGUCGCCGGGCGCCGCCCGUCGAAACUCGCGUCGUCCUUGGUAGAGGCGGGACUCACGAGGCAAGCUCUGUCAAGGGCAGCCUUGGAUGCCGCGCGGACAUCACUCCAAAAUAACGAACUGGACGCGGCGAGUGCGGCUCUAGAAGCCUACGCCUGCGGCCCGUCGAAGGGCCCCGAGCCGGCAGAAUAUGCAUCAAGGUGGUGCGUCGUGGCCUGCGCUGCACUGAAGAAGAAUGACUCUCGUUUAGAAACCGCGGCUCUCUCAGUCCUGGAUGCUGUGGUACGUAGAAGUACCACAGACCCGGCCUACGCGUUGUGUGCGUUCAAAUCCUCAAAAGCUGGAGAACGCAGUUUUCACAGCCCGACGCAAGUCGACGACGACGGUUAUUGGGACUGUGCCCUCGCGUCGAGGUGCGCCGACCCGAGACCGUACGUCGCCAGGGCCGUCGCCGCGUCGUUAAGAAGGGCCGCUUCUACCUUGAGACGAGGUCGACCUUUAUCAGAUUGGCUCUCGCAACGAACGCUGACGGAACUGUUGAUCCCGGCCUGGAAGGAUCAACUGAGAAACGGGACCGACGUCUGCGAUUCAAUAGGAGCGUUGUUGGACUGCUGCCAUCCUUCGCCGCUAUUCAACGGCGACGCCAAGGCCGCCAAGGCCCUCGUUCCUUUGCUCUCGGAAUGUAGGAACAAAGCGACGAACGCACUCACGCAAGACAAAGACUCGACACCUUUGAAGCAGUUCUUUACCGCGUGGGACGCCGUGUUCCGCUGCUUGCGGGGUGUGGACGAUGAAAGGUGGUGCCGCGCCGCGCGCCAGCACGGAAAAAUGCUGGCGAGGCCCUACGCUGCGGCCUACGUCCGAGCGGCUCAGUCAGGUUCCUACGGCCUGGAGCUGAUCACGGCGGCCUGCGACGAGCCCCGAGCGUUAGAGAGAGUGCUCAAGAGCUUAGGGAAGGCUUUUUCGGACGACGUCGACGAAAAUAACAUGGCAGCUCUCUGUGAACGCGCGCCGGCGCCUUUGCUCGCUAGAAGUCUCGCCAAGUUGUUGAGAAGGUGCGAGGAGGCGUAUGUCGUGAAAGCUACCAUAGUGGUCCUAGAGCAUUGCCUCGCGAAGCACUGCGACCGGCACGGCAUCUGUGACGCGGUGCGGAAGCUAGCUAGACGGCGUAUUGGUAGAGAUAAGCUCAGGAAGAUCGUUUGUUCAGCGGGCGGUGACAUUCUAGGUGCUUACAUUGAUGAAGGCGUCGACGGCUUUGAUCUCAUCGCCGCAGCAAAGAGUGGUGAUGUUUCAUUCGCCGCGCGAGUUGAGGGUACAUCACUACUGAAAGCUCUUGAAAAAGCCGAAGCUUCUGAAGAUAGGGAGACACUACUCAUAGCGUGGCGCGCCCACCCCAAAGAUUAUGCUCGACUGUGGGCCUGGCCUCUGCUGUCGGCCAUCGACACGAACCAGACGACGGGACUCGACGAAGCUGAUAAUUGGGGCCAGAAUCUGGCACGAGUCGGGCGCCGUAAAUCGGGUGAUUCGGUGGAAGCGGUCGCGGUCGUCACGCAAGUGCGCGAGACGCUCGAGGACGCGACGCAAGAGGUGAGUGCCGAAACGCUCGCGGCCGCGUGUUGCUUUUGUGCGGCUUUGCUAGACGCGAGCGGCUACGACGCCGUUGGUUUACCAAGGGCCGUCGCCGACGCGGCUUAUAUACUGAAGCGGACCGUCGCCGUGGACGGUAAGUUUGGCGACCUCGCGGACUCGAUCGGCGUCGCACUGGCGCGGAACGAUAGUGUAGAUCUGUGCACGGACGUGUGCAAGGCGAUUCAGGAGUGCGUGCCGAAGCUGCUGGAACGUGACAUCGCGUUCGUCGGCAAUGUGUUAGAUGCUCUAGAUGGGAAAGCGGAUAGGCUGACGGAGGCGGCGGCGCCGUUGUUGGCCGCUUCAUACAACGACGACCGCGUGGCGCGAAGGGCCGACGACGCGUGGUCGAGGAUCAAGCCGGAAGACCCAGCGAAGCAGCCGGCGGACGUUAGAGUGGCCUGCGGCGCCUUCGUGCGGAGGGGAGGAAGGCAGCAGCCCCUGACAUUAGGGAAGCGGUCCGUGGAAGCGCCGACGCCGGCCCCCAAGAAGCUCAAAACGCCGAUCUCCGGGGUUAGUGGCGACGCGCGGCUGUCCUACGCGCUCGCCGAGGUCGGGACGCAGUCGUCCCAGGACCUGACGCAGGAGCCGCGCCGCCGCGCGAACAUCAAAGGAGAUUAUGCGUUGGCGAACUCCCAGACGGAUCUUCCCGCUGCGUGGGCCGCGCGGCUCGACAAGGCGCCGAGCCAGUCGCAGGGGUAAGGAGUCAUGUGUGC